CUUUAAAGUAGGUUUAUAGCUCUCGACAUAGUGCCCCGUUUCCGUUACGGGUUCUGCGACGGGUAGCUUAGCCUCCGGGAGCUAGUGAACUAGUUCCGGCAGCAACAUGGCUCUCGCAGCCGCCGCUAGACGCGCGGCGGCUGAAGGUGUCCCUGGGCUUAUCUAUUCACUGCGCUGGAGCCGCCUAGGUCUGCACACCACUGCCAGCGCGCUCAAUCCGGCGGAACCUAAGGCGGUCCCGCUUGCUAAGCUCAAGGACUCCUUCAAUGAGGGCACCAGCAUUACGUAUCUUGAGGAGCUGGAGGAGCGGUACCACCGGGACCCAACCUCGGUGGACCGGACUUGGCAGGCGUUCUUCCGCAACCUGGACCAGGGAGUAACGGGCGAGGCCAUGGCCGAGGCUUUCGACGCGUUUGAGAAGGGCAAGCUGCACAUGUCUCCAUUCUCGGCUGCGGCCAUUUCUCAGCAGACGGUUCAAGAGAGCAUGCGGCUCCUGCUGCUGAUUCGUGCUUACCAGGUCCUCGGGCACUUCGCUGCUAACCUGGACCCGCUGGGCAUUAGCGGCCAUGCCCACCCGCCUGAGCUUGAUCCCGCCUUCUAUGGCUUCAAGGAGACUGACCUGGAUAGGGAGUUCUUCGUGGGCAACUGGAACCAGGCAGGUUUCCUCGCGGAGGGCCGCCCCACCCGCACUCUGCGGGAGCUGCUGACCCGCCUGCAGGAGACGUACUGCAACAACAUUGGCUACGAGUACAUGCACAUCCCGGAGCGCGACAAGUGCAACUGGAUCCGUGAGCGCAUUGAGACCAUCGAAGCGGUGCCGUUCACCAAGGCCCAGAAGCUGCACAUGCUGGACCGCCUGGCCUGGUCGGACAUGUUCGAGACCUUCCUCGCCAACAAGUACACGGCUGCCAAGCGCUUCGGCCUGGAGGGCGCGGAGAGCCUCAUUCCCGGCAUGAAGACCAUCAUCGACACCGCCGCCGACCUGGGCGUGCAGUCCAUCGUGAUCGGCAUGCCCCACCGCGGCCGUCUGAACGUGCUGGCCAACGUGGUGCGCAAGCCCAUGGCGCAGAUCUUCAGCGAGUUCGCCGGCAAGUCGCCCGCCGCGCACGAUGGUGAGUACACCGGCAGCGGUGACGUCAAGUACCACCUGGGUACCAGCUACAACCGCCCCACCUCGCACGGCAAGAUGGUGCACCUGUCGCUGGUGGCCAACCCCUCGCAUCUGGAGGCGGUCAACACCGUGGUGCUGGGCAAGACCCGCGCCAAGCAGUACUACAGCGACGACCACGAGCGCAGCCACAACAUGGCCAUCCUGCUGCACGGUGAUGGCGCCUUCAGCGGCCAGGGCAUCGUGUACGAGACGCUGGACAUGAGCGGCCUGCCCGACUACACCGUGGGCGGCACCAUCCACCUGGUGGUUAACAACCAGGUCGCCUUCACCACCGACCCCAAGGACAGCCGCUCCUCGCCCUACUGCACGGACGUGGCCAAGAGCCUGAACUGCCCCAUCUUCCACGUCAACGCCGAUGAUGUGGAGAGCGUCGUGCGCGUGUGCCAGCUGGCGGCCGAAUGGCGCCAGGCCUGGAAGUCCGAUGUGGUGGUCGACCUGGUUUGCUACCGCAAGCACGGCCACAACGAGAUCGACGAGCCCAUGUUCACCCAGCCGCUCAUGUACAAGAAGAUCAAGGCCAAGAAGCACAGCCACGAGAUGUACGCGGAGCAGCUGCUCAAGGAGGGCUCCUUCACCCAGGAGGAGAUCCGCGCCGUGCACGACAAGGUGCAGGCCACCCUCAACGCCGCUUUCGAUGGCGCCAAGGACUACAAGCCCGAGAAGAAGGACUGGCUGGCCAGCCACUGGCACGGCUUCAUGUCGCCCGCGCAGCUCUCUCGCAUCCGGAACACGGGUGUGCCCAUGGAGCUGCUGCGCUCCGUGGGUGGCGCCAUCACCGCUCUGCCCGAGGACUUCACCCCUCACCGCCAGAUCAAGAGGGUGUACGAGCAGCGCCGCGCCAUGGUCGAGAGCGGGGAUGGUGUGGACUGGGCCAUGGCCGAGGCGCUGGCUUUCGCCACGCUGCUGUCGGAGGGCAACCACGUGCGCCUGAGUGGCCAGGAUGUGGAGCGCGGUACCUUCAGCCACCGCCACGCCGUGCUGCACGACCAGAGCGACGGCAGCAAGUACGUGCCGCUCAACCACGUGUUCCCCGGCCAGACGAACAACAGCUUCACCGUCUGCAACUCCUCCCUGUCGGAGUUCGGUGUGCUGGGCUUCGAGCUGGGCUACAGCAUGGAGUCGCCCAACAGCCUGGUGCUGUGGGAGGCGCAGUUCGGUGACUUCUCCAACGGCGCGCAGAUCAUCUUUGACCAGUUCCUGUCGUCGGGUGAGGCCAAGUGGCUGCGCCAGAGCGGCCUGGUGUGCCUGCUGCCCCACGGCUACGACGGCCAGGGCCCCGAGCACAGCAGCGCGCGCCUGGAGCGCUUCCUGCAGAUGUGCGACGAGAACCCCUACGACAUGCCGCACCACGAUGAGGCGCAGUGGUUCUCGGGUGGCCACCUGGGCACCCAGAUCCAGCGUGCCAACUGGCAGGUGGUCAACUGCACCACCCCCGCCAACUACUUCCACGUGCUACGUCGCCAGGUUCACCGCCAGUUCCGCAAGCCGCUGAUCGUGAUGAGCCCCAAGAACCUGCUGCGUCACCCGCAGUGCAAGUCGCCCCUGCGCGAGUUCGACGACCAGCCCGACGAUGCCAACAUUGUGGGCGUGCGCUUCAAGCGUGUCAUCAUGGACGACACCGGCAUCAUGCCCAAGGACCGCGGUCCGCGCCCGCCUGUGGAGCCCGACGUCAAGCGCGUCGUCUUCUGCUCGGGCAAGGUCUUCUACGACCUGCACGCCGAGCGCGAGAGGCAGGGCAAGGAGGGCCAGGUCGCUAUCGUCCGUGUCGAGCAGCUGGCGCCCUUCCCCUUCGACCUGGUGUGCCGCGAGGUCCGCCGCUACCCCAACGCUCAGUUCAUGUGGUGCCAGGAGGAGCCCAUGAACAUGGGCGCCUACUUGCACGUGCAGCCGCGCUUCGACACGUGCAUGCGCGAGGAGGGCCGGCCAAUGAUGGGCAGGAUGCCGUACGCCGGCCGCCCGCCC